GGCGACUCCAGACAAACUGUCAGCAAGAAUAACUCGAUGCAAAACAACUCCGAUGAUCACCUCUUCUCUUAUCGUGAUGGGAAAGUAUUCACUCUAUCGAGUUCUGGCAGCCCACGUCCGGGUCCCUCUGGGUUAACUUCUUGCGAUUUGAUCAAGACACCUCGGUUUCCUCACUUCAAGAAAACUUUAUCCACGAAUACACUAAACCCAUUGCACAUGCAGGUCAAUUGCAGGAACGAACUGGAGGACGGAAUCGAGCCUUUUGAGGAAGCGGUGAGUGAUGUCGGUCCAAGAUCAAGCUGGAUGCAGAGGCAGGUUUCUCGGUUCGCCCGUAACCUUCGGUACCGGAUCACCGGAGAAGGUCGAACCAAACCCCCUGACUGGUUCCUGGACAAGUUCGCAGCACAGACGUUCUCAGAUCCUGAUGAACCGUUGUAUCAAACGAAGAGAUCGAAGCUUCUUUGCGGUCUUAGAUUGGCAUUUGAUCCAACGUUGCCAACACAUUAUCAUUGGUUAGCGGUGGUGUCACUUGCCAUCUUAUACAACGUGGUAUUUGUGAUCGGACGAGCUGUCUUCUGGGAACUAGACAACCUCACAGUACUGUGGUUCGUCCUGGACUACCUUUGUGAUGCUAUUUAUCUCAUUGAUACAGUGAUUCAUGUCCACGAAGGUUAUCUAGAGCAAGGUCUUAUGGUGAAGGAUUCAGCAAUGCUUAGGAAACACUACUUGAAAUCAGACUCCUGGAGGUACGACCUCAUAUCCUUGAUACCAACGGACAUCGCUUAUUAUUGGUGGAAACCCGGUACAUGCGACUAUCAACGUUUGCCGUGCCCUGUUAUUGUACGACUGAAUAGACUAUUUCGACUGCCUCGAAUGUGGGAGUGGUUCGACCGCACAGAGACCGCCACCAGCUACCCCAACGCUUUCAGAAUAUGCAAGGUAGUAAUGGCAAUUCUAGUUCUCAUACAUUGGAAUGCUUGCCUAUAUUUCGCAAUAAGCUAUGCUAUUGGAUUUGGUACUGAUAACUGGGUGUAUAAUCUGACCGGUGCGCGUAAUGAAUCACUCGCUCAUCAAUAUAUAUACAGUUUCUAUUGGUCCACUUUAACUCUGACAACAAUUGGAGAAACACCACAGCCUGAAAUCGAUGCUGAAUAUUUGUUUGUCGUUGCCGACUUUUUGGCAGGAGUGCUAAUCUUCGCCACAAUUGUAGGAAAUAUAGGAUCAAUGAUUUCCAAUAUGAAUGUGGCUAGAGUUGAGUUCCAAAAUAAAAUGGACGGCGUCAAGCAGUACAUGGCAUUCAGGAAAGUUAGUGGUGAACUAGAGGCGAGAGUUAUUAGAUGGUUCGCGUAUACUUGGGCCCAAAGCGGAGCUUUGGAUGAAGAGAAUGUUUUGUCAUCUUUGCCUGAUAAACUAAAGGCAGAAAUAGCUAUACGCGUACAUCUGGAAACUUUACGCAAAGUGAGAAUAUUCCAAGAUUGUGAACCCGGGUUAUUGGAAGCGCUAGUCUUAAAGUUAAGGCUGCAAGUCUUUAGCCCCGGUGAUUACAUCUGCAGGAAAGGGGAUGUUGGCAAAGAAAUGUAUAUAGUUAAAAGAGGACGACUUCAAGUGGUUGCUGAUGAUGGGAAGACUGUUUUAGCUACACUAAGUGCUGGGUCAGUAUUUGGAGAAGUGAGUGUUUUGGAAAUAGCUGGGAAUCGCACAGGAAAUCGAAGAACGGCAAAUGUUCGCGCUCUUGGCUAUUCAGAUCUGUUUUGCUUGGCAAAACGGGAUCUCUGGGAAGCCCUGGCGGAUUAUCCAGAUGCAAGGGCUACUCUUACGGAACGUGGCUGUCAAUUACUAAGAAAGGAUGGUUUAUUGGAUGAAACUGUCUUUGAAAAUGCUCAAACUACCCAACAAAGUUUGGAAGAAACUGUCCACAAACUUGAGACGACUGUCGAGAUGUUGAAUAACCGCCUCCAAGGACUUCUCGCUGAUGUCGGCGAGGAACAAGCUAAAAUAAAGCAGAGGAUUAACAAACUUGAAGUUAGGAUAAUCGAAUCGGACGAUGAAGACUCCGAUUCAGAUGAUACGUCAGCUGAUGGUUCAGAGUUGAGGAGCGAUGUGGUUCAGGUUUAUGAUUCAAGUUCUGGUCCACCUAUUAGUUCUCCACGAUCUACUACGAUGUUUAUGAACCAUCCCUUACGGGAACGUGGUUACUCACUGAGUGUGGAAAGAACACCAGGACUCGUACAUUUUCCACCGGAACCACGAAGCAAGUCGUUACGCAUUAAGAAAAUCCAUAAGGAUAUAUCGAAGUGAAAACAAAUAGGGGGAAUAUGAGUUGUAAUACCAUAAUAACGC